GUUAAAGGCCCACACCCGACAGAAUGUGGUCCGGGAUAUUGAAGUUAGCACUGGUUGUUGCAGUGUACUGUCUUCAUUCAACAAAUGGAAAGGAUUUCGGAGGAAUUGGAGAUGUGGAGGAAACAAAAACACUGAUCAGAGAUGUUAGAGCAUCUAAAAUUACUGAAGAACCCGCGGAAAAUAAAAAAAGUAAAAAUGACAGCUCCGUAAAAGCACGACGCCGAUCAGAAAGAAAAAGAAAAAACAUAAAGAAAAAAGCUAAAAAAGCAGCUAAAAAAAAGGCAGCAAAAAAAGCAGCUAUGAAAAAAAUUGAUAAGAAAGGUUCUCAAAGGGUAAAGAAGAAGAGAAAAGUAAAACAAUUAGAUAAAGAAGCUAAGCAAGCUGGAACUAUCAAUGAGGCAUGCGUCAAGGAUUUAGCUACUUUAGCCGGACUGGCUGCUAACCAAGCCAGGAACUAUUUUCAAAUAGCAGCCAGAGCUUUGACUGCUGAUUCUGCUAAGAAGUCUAAAGAAGAGAAGAAGAGUGUGUUUAAAGAUCCCUUCAGUACUCUAGUUUCAAACCUUGGUGGAGACUCUACUAAUCUUACUUGUGGCGGGAAAUCCUCUACAGAUAAUACUACAGUAGAAACGGUAAGUGUACUGGAGCAAUGUGAACAAGAUAUAGAACAAAGUUGCAACUCCUCCCUGUCUGAAGAUGAUAUUGCAAAAAUAGAUGCUUGCAAGACUGAUACUUCAGACUUCAGAGAUUUGUACAUUACACUUCUUGCAAGCCAAUUAUCAACAAAAACUGGGGAAGAGCUUUGUUUGGCAACCCAGGAUCCUGAUCUUCUUGCACUAAAGGAUAAAGUACUAAACUGUAGUUUCCUGGCUGAUAAGACGGGCCCAGCACAGAGCCAAGUUUCAGAGAGGAAAGCGUGUGUAAAAGCCUUUGCUGCUUGUCGGUCUGCUGAAAGGAAUUCUGCUGGAACUAUCAGCAGAUGUACUUACUGUCCUUCUCUAGACCAGGCAGCAGAGGAACUAUCUGCUUUAACACGACUAAACGAAACGUUAGCAAAUUCCGAAAAAGCUCUGGACUCUGCAAUGGAAGCUGCUGGAGUUGCUUCUGGGCCUGGUAGUGACGGAACUCUCCCGGCUGGAAGAAUUGACGUACCAAGACAAGCUGGGGAUGGUCCGGGAUGUGUUGAAGUUUAUAAUGGACUGGUUUCCUUUAAUAAAACUGCUUCUUCAGCUGAUCCAAACAAACCCUUUAACACAGGAAGCUCAUUGAAAUCAGCAGAAACACUCAAUGCUGUAACAUCCAGAUCGACAUUGGUUGAAGACCUGACAUCUUGCAGUUCCUCCAGACAAACAACAAUAUACAUCAUAUUUAUCAGGUUUUACAUAUUCUGGAGUCGAUGGUGGAGAAGGUUUGUUGUUAUUGUUAGGAUUCAAAUUAUCAAGAUAACAAUUAACGCAGCAACAACUGCACUACCAGCAACAACCACACAGGCAAUAACUUCAACAUCGACAACUCCGACAACAUCAAAACAGCCUACAACCUCUUCAACAACGACCCCAACAACAACGGCAUCAACAUCAACCCCGACAACAACGGCAUCAACAUCAACCCCAACAACAACGGCAUCAACAUCAACGCCAACAACAACGGCAUCAACAUCAACCCCAACAACAACGGCAUCAACAUCAACCCCAACAACAACGGCAUCAACAUCAACCCCAACAACAACCCCCACCACAACUGCUACUAUUGCCAACAGCACAACAACAACUGGUUCAACUAGUUCUACUAUUUUAUCCUCUACAACGUCAAUGCUGAUCACUUUUGAAAGACCUGUCCUUACAAAAUAUCCAUUGUAAUUAUCUGAAUCUAUGUAAGAAAGUCCCGGAAAAAAAAGUUUCUGAAAAAAACCCUGGAAAUAAAAA